UUGGAUCGAAUAAAUACUACAGUAUUUCUUCGUGCGCUCGCAUAGCAUGAUCAAAAAUAGUUAUAUAAAACCAGGCGAUACGUUUGUUACGAUUAUCUUGUGAAAUUUUGUACUUUGUUUUAUCACGACGUUUCAUCAUUAUUAUCACGAUGACUACAAUAAUGUCUUUGUCUAAUGAAGUGAUUAAUAUUAUUCUGGAGUAUAUAAGCAUCAAGGACAUCGAGAACUUUAGUUCUACGUGCAAGAAAUUUAGACAAACAACAUGGAGCAAUAAAAUGUGGAUGAAAAAGCUCUAUCAGAAUUGGCCUUCUACAAAAAUUUUUUUUGAUAAUUUGACGAGCAGAAAUCUUGCAAGAUUAGAUUUUAAAGAAGAAGUAAAAGCAAUCGCAUCAUCUGUAAACAAAAUGUGGGGUUUGAUAUCUCAGAUGCCCAAGGAUAAUUUAAGCGAUACUGACAAGAAAGUAUCGGUUUUACAAUUACUUAAGAAAACCAUGAAUGAUAUGAUUUAUCAUGUUAUUGUAGAAGAGCUUAACAGAAUAAUUUUGCAAAACCCAUGGACAUCUGAUUGCGAUUUAACGAGAAGAUAUUACAGCUGCCAUAUUUUUCGACAACUGAAAUACUAUCAUACCAAGCACAAAUUUCUACAAUUUUAUAAAAGUAAAAACAGAAAUCAACAAGUUUUGGAAGAGAUAGUUAGUCUUCUAGUGCAAUGGUUCGAUGUUGACAGUGAUAUCUCUUACACACAAAUCGUAAAACCAUCAUUGGAUUAUAUUGCACUAAAGGUGUUGCAAGAUCUUAGCGUAGCAUAUCCUUCGCAUCCUAUAUUUACGAUAUCUAGUGUACUCUUUAAUUAUUGGAACAACCAUAAUGUCUUUCUCACCUAUUGGGAGAAAGACGAAAUAUUGGCGAUUUUGACUAUACUUGAAAGAGUUAUAUUCUCUUCAUCGAAUUUCCAUAUAUUAAAUGAAAUAUGGUUAAAAUCACAUGGAAAUGUGCCUGAAAUUGUUAUUUCAGAAGGCACCCAAUGUAUAUUUUUCUUAACAAUAUAUCAAAGUGUAUUGCGAAAACUCGGCGUACACUCUAUUGUAGUUACAGAAAACAUACUUCAAGUUUUGUUGAAAAUGGCAGUACAAGAUGUUGACGAACGUCCAAUGUAUUUUUGUGUGGAAUUGAUAGAUGGUCGAUUGUUCGUGGACACCAAAAUCAAGGGUGGUAAUUUUGACAAAAAUAAGGUUGAUUCUUUAUUAUUUACGACGCAACGAUGUAACGCGUUAAAGAUAGUACCAUUAUUAAUUGACUUUUUGAAAAUUGAAUUAUAUUUAACGGAAGAAGAACAAUUAAUGCUGCAAGAGAUAAUGGAUAGAGAUGAGGACGAGCUCACAGACUUAGUAAUGUGGAAAUCUAACAUGAAUAUAAACAUGAACGAACCAGAAAGAAGAUCGGCAGAACUAAAAUUUAUUAUUGGAACAAUCGUAAGCUAUACAUACGAUGGUAGAACUCAUUUUGGGGUUAUAGUUGGUUGGCACAAUUAUUUCAAUCUCAAUUCAAUAUCUGGCAUUGAGUUUGAUAUGUUACCGUAUAAUUAUUCAAAUAUAUCAUGCGAAAAUGUUGAAAAUUGUACAAAUCGUAGGUGUUUGAUGCAUAAACCAUACUACAUAAUUUUCUCGAACAAUAACAAAUACUGUUAUGUAAAACAAGAGAAUGUAUCCAUAUGUUCUUCAGCAAGACGGAUCUAUCAUGACGAGAUAGGACGAUAUUUUUCUAGAUAUGAAUAUACUUAUUAUGUACCGAAUGAAAUGCUAGCAAAGGAUUAUCCAUAUGACAUUGCUAUAAUUAACUAUUUCAUGCAUCAUGAAUUGGUUAUGUUACCUUAAAAGGUUUAGGAUAUAUACACGAUUCAAACAUUUUUAUACAGAAAUUACAAAUAUUAUAAUAUGAUAAGAAUAUUCUACAUAGAAAUAUUUAUAUUGCUUUUAUAUAUAAAUACUCUUUAUUUUUCUUAUUUUAAUUCAACUUUUCUUAUUUUCUCCUAUUUGGACGUGUGUAUUAAGAUAGAUGAAGAUUAAUUUAACUUUAAUGUGUGUUUAUUAUAUAAAAAUAAGGUCACAUCUCUUGUCUUCUUUUAAUAAUAUCUAUUCGUAAACAAACUGACCUCAGCUAUGCUGUAUAUAGUUAUUUAAAUGUAUCUACAUAAAAUGAGUAAUAUAAAUAUUUUGGCAUUGAAGUAUAUGUGUUGUAUAUGUGUUUAUAUUUAUCAGUAUAUAAUAGUACUUUUUCGCAUUGCCAAAGAUAUUUUUUUUUAAAUUGGCAUUUACUUAUGACAGCCCUCAGAUAGAUUUUUUACUUGAAAGCUGACAGAUCCCAAAAACUCUAAAAAUUCCAUAUCCGGCAGCCAAUCGGUAUAUACAUAAUGAUGCAUAAAUGUAUAUGUAUAUAUGUAUGCAUGUACGCAAAAGAAUGCAUGUUCUAUUCAUUGUAAUCAGUUUGCAAUGCUGAUCUCCAGAGUGAGUUGAAUAGUUAAAAGCGUUAUAUCGACGUAAUUUCGUUUGAUUUAUUUCAUGAAUAUUCGAUUGUACGACUUAUCGGCACUAUCGCGUUUGGCGUUAUUUUGUAGCAUUUUUAUUGUGCACCUAAUUUGAAAGAGACGCAGCAUAGCAUCAAAAUAUAAAUUAUACAUUAUAGUGAGGCGCAUUUUGCUUAAAUUGACGAUAUUUAGGAAUGUGCCAUGCAUGAAAAUAUCUUAGUAAAACGCGAAUUACAUAUGUUGCUCACAAUACACUUAAAUUCACGUGUUAUGCCUAAAUUGAUGAGAUAAAAAUAUUACAUGGAUGGAAAUCAAUUUUAUUACAUCACUUGUUUUUCAAGAAUUACACAAACGAACGUGAGAAAGAAAGCUCCACAAGAAACUUUAUAAAUAUUGUACGAUAUCAGAUUUUAUAAGAUGAGUACAGAAAUGUGCAAAGUGUUGAUGAAUCGGAGAGUCUUGCGUUUGAUUAAAAAAGAAAAAAAAGAAAGUUGUAUAGAGACUCAAAUUUCUGCUCGAAAAAUAUAUGUUAGUUAUGAAGCGUUCA